AUGAAUAACUACGGAGAGGAGGACAUUGUUCGACCUGUUGCUGACUUCUCUCCAAGUCUUUGGGGUGAUCGUUUCCAUUCGUUCUCCCUCGACAAUCAGAAGAAUGAUGUGUUGCUUCGAUUUGCAAAACUGGACUUCAACUUACUUCAGAUGUUGCACAAACAAGAACUUAGUGAAGUAUCAAGGUGGUGGAAAGAUUUGGAUUUUGUGACAACACUUCCAUAUGCUAGGGAUAGAGCAGUGGAAUGUUACUUUUGGACGAUGGGAGUGUAUGCUGAACCUCAAUACUCUCAGGCUCGUGUCAUGCUUGCUAAGACUAUAGCAAUGAUUUCUAUAGUAGAUGACACAUUUGAUGCUUAUGGCAUUGUAAAAGAACUUGAGAUCUACACCGAUGCCAUACAGAGGUGGGAUAUUAACCAAAUUGAUCGGCUCCCUGAUUACAUGAAAAUCAGUUACAAAGCACUUUUAGAUCUCUACAAUGAUUAUGAAAUGGAGUUGUCCAAGGAUGGUAGAUCUGAUGUUGUUCACUACGCGAAAGAAAGAAUGAAAGAAAUCGUGAGAAACUAUUUUGUGGAAGCAAAAUGGUUCAUUGAAGGAUAUAUGCCGCCAGUCUCUGAGUAUCUUAGCAAUGCAUUAGCUACCAGCACUUAUUACUUGCUUACGACUACAUCUUAUUUGGGCAUGAAGUCUGCUAACAAGGAAGAUUUUGAAUGGUUGGCCAAGAAUCCUAAAAUUCUUGAGGCUAAUGUGACGUUAUGCCGAGUCAUUGAUGACAUAGCCACCUAUGAGGUUGAGAAGGGUAGAGGUCAGAUUGCAACUGGAAUUGAAUGUUACAUGAGAGAUUAUGGUGUAUCCACAGAAGAGGCCAUGGAAAAAUUCCAAGAAAUGGCUGAGACAGCAUGGAAGGAUGUAAAUGAAGGAAUCCUUCGACCAACUCCCGUCUCUACAGAGAUUCUCACUCGCAUUCUCAAUCUUGCUCGCAUUAUCGAUGUCACUUAUAAGCACAAUCAAGAUGGAUACACUCAUCCGGAAAAAGUACUAAAACCUCAUAUUAUUGCGUUGUUGGUGGACUCUAUUGAAAUUUAAAUCAUCGAUUGUUUUGUACAUCUGGGAGCACUUGCUUCCCAUCCCCUAAAAUUAUAAGUAUUUGAUUGAUGCCUUGUUGGUAUCUAUGCUGCUAGCUAAGAUAGGAGUUGCUGGAGAUGCAUGUUAUAGUGCAGUGCAGUUAAUUCCUUAAUUUUUUUUGUAUCAUUAUUGACAUUUUAAAUAUAUAUAU